AUGGGUUCCUGGUCGAGAGCCGCUCUGGUGCUCGCGCUGCCUCUCCUUUGCUUCCUGUCAGGCGCGACGACGCGUGCGGAGUCGGCCAGGAUGUUCACCAUCAUCAACAAGUGCGAGGCGACGGUGUGGCCGGCGGUGACGCCCGGGGACAGCUUCGGCGGGGGCGGGUUCGAGCUCAAGACGGGGCAGUCGGCCGUCUUCACGGCGCCGCCGGCGUGGUCGGGCCGCAUCUGGGGCCGCACGGACUGCGCCUUCGACCAGGCCGGCACCGGCAAGUGCGCCACGGGCUCCUGCGGCGCGGCCCUCAAGUGCGGCGCGUCCGGCGACCCGCCGGCGAGCCUGGCCGAGUUCACGAUCGCCUCCCCCGACUUCUACGACGUGAGCCUCGUGGACGGCUUCAACCUGCCCAUCACGGUGACCCCCGUGAACGGGCGCGGCAACUGCUCGGUGGCCGGGUGCGACGGCGACCUCCGGGAGACCUGCCCCGCCGAGCUCUCCGUGAAGGGCCCCAACGGGAAGACCGCGGCGUGCCGGAGCGCCUGCGACGUGUUCAACACCGACCAGUACUGCUGCCGCGGCAAGUUCGGGGGCCCGUCCACGUGCCCGCCCACGCCAUACUCCAAGAAGUUCAAGGAGGCCUGCCCGUCCGCCUACAGCUACGCCUACGACGACCCCAGCAGCCUCUUCCAGUGCUCCGGCGCCGACUACGUCGUCACCUUCUGCGCAAACAGGAAGCAGUCGGUGUGCACGCACCACAACAACAAGCUCGAGUGCGGUGGCUCAAGCCGACGCCUGCCGAUCAUGCCCACCAUGGCGCUGCUGGUGCUGCUCGUCAGCUUUGUGGCCCUGCAGGUUCCCAUGUGA